UUGAUGCUGUUCGAGAUUUUUAAAAGGUAGAACGAUAAACGGUUAACGUUAACGGUUAACGGUUUAUGUAACGUUUCAGUCGGAACAUUUACAUUGUUUGAUGUUUUUAAGUCUUAAAACAUUUACCGAAAUACCAACAAUAGACUUUUGCUGAAAUGCCAAAUCGUAGAGACGAGGCUGAUGAUGAUUCCCCCACUGACCUUCCCUGUCUGGAAAAACUUGACUCUCCCACAGGGAGCCCACCCACCGCCUCAUUAUCCAGUCUGAUGGAGCUGGAAAAUUGUGUUUCCAACCUGAACCUCGCGCAUGAGAUAGUGUUGAACAGAGACUUCUGCUUCAAACCCAGGAGCCCUCCUCCAGACAGUCUGGAGGGCAGAGUGACGGAGAUCGUUCAUCGGGCUUUUUGGGACAGUCUUCAAGAGCAGCUGAACAACAAUCCUCCAAACUACAGCCAUGCUAUCGUUCUGCUCCAGGAAGUCAAGACUAUGCUUCAGUCCCUGCUGCUGCCCGGUCACGUCAGACUGAGGUCUCAGCUGGACGAGGUGCUGGACAUGGAGCUGAUCCGGCAGGAGGUCGAUCAUGGAGCUCUGGAUCUGCACAGACUGGCAGGAUACAUCACCAACACCAUGGCGUCUUUAUGUGCACCUGUGAGAGACCCAGAGGUCAGAGUACUGAGGGACCUCAGGGACCCCGUGGAACUCCUGAGGGAGAUCUUCCGCGUCUUGGGCCUGAUGAAGAGCGACAUGGUUAACUUCACCAUCCAGAGCCUGAGGCCGCACCUCCUGCAGCAGGCCGUGCGGUACGAGAGAGCCAAGUUCCAGCAGAUCCUGGACCAGCAGCCGGCUUCUCUGGACGAUACCACCGCUUGGCUUCAGGCAGCAGCGUUAGAAGAGGCGGCCGCCGUCAGAGCUCAGUCUGAUGAGUCACCCAGCCCUGACAGCCGCGGCCCUGUCAGCGCCACCGCUGUCCUCAACCGGGCCUACAUGCGUCUGCUAGACUGGGACCGACAAGACGAAAAAUAUCCUGAGGCUGUGCUGAUGGACCGAGCCCGCCUGGACGUUCUGGGCCAGCGGCUCCAUAUGUUGCUCCUGGAGGCAUCUGUGCUGCUCCUGACCAGCGCUCAGUGUGGGGGCAUCGUUUUCUCCCUGCAGGGGUUUGUAGGUAAACUCAGGCGGUCCAUCACUGCCCUGCUGGAGGGCAGUCAGACCAGAGAAGCUGACCUGAAGGGGGCGCUGCUGGGGCUCGGGGAGACAGUGCUGCAGCUGGUGACCGAAGCUGUGCACGGCCAGGGAGGAACAGCGGUGCCUCAAGAGAGCCAGGAUCUGCUGAAAGGACAAAUAUCUGAGCUGUGGAAGCACAACAACCCUGUCCGCACACUCAGUAGGAGAAAGGGUACAGGGCUUCCUCCAGGCCAUGCUGCAGGGUCCUGCUAAAACGAGUCCAGAGCUGCCUGCUCCCCUCAGGCUGGUGAGCGCCGAGUUAACGGAGCUGGGGACAGCCUUUGGGCGAAUCGUUCACUUCAACCGAACGGUCUUUGGUCCCUUCUACGCACCCAUCCUCGGAAAACUGCUGUUCCCACCAGGAGAGGCCGAGACCGGGGAGGACUCACGCUAGGCUGAGGGCGACCCAGACAACCCCUGGUGACCUUAACAUAAGUUUCUAUGUGGCAUUGAAUGUGUCGCUACAGAGUGUAAAUACUGUGAAGACAUUUACAGUCUGCAGCAGAAAACAAAAUGUAUAUUAUUAUUAUUAUUAUUAUUAUUAUAUUUUUGUAGGUGUUUAAACAGAAAAGUAUAAAUCAAAGCAUCAGGCAGAUACUUAAUUAUUAUUGCAUUGGUGCAUCUUAACCACACAUUUGAGUGCACACAACAUUAAGACAACAUAACAGAUCGCGUGAAACAAAAUGAGCAAUAGUUUUCACCCGGACAAGAGUAACAAAUAGUUUGUAGUGUGUUAAUGAAAAGAGUCGUAACAAGAGACUCUUGCCAACAGGAUUCUUUGAAAAGAUCAAUUGCCUGAAAAAACAUAUUUGUUUGGUUUAAUUCAUCUCAAGAUAAACACCCUCAGGGAAAAGUACCAAAGAUUAUGCUGAUAGUUUGUAAAUAAUGCUUUAAUUUGAAUAUGUAGCUGGUUUCUCUUCUCAGAUGUUUAUGUAUAACUUACCAAAGACACUGAGCACUUUGUUCUGAAUGCAGUGUUUUAUUUUUUGCACCUUUGAUUAUAAACCAAAAACUAUACUCAAUGUUUCCCCUACAGGUGUUGAUAUUAGUGGGAGGUGGUGUACUAAACAGGCGCUUAUUUGUAAAUAAAUAUUCAAUUGAU